AUGCCAAUCCAAUCAUGGGUGCCACCGAAGAACCUAUUCUCUCCAGAUUGGAUCGCUUAGACAACAUGUUGAAAUACUUGCAGGAGAUCAAAGGCCUCAACAGAUCGCCGAGGAGCUCCUGUGAAUCAACGCCAUCAAGUGGGACCCUGACAAGCGAAGGGCAUGGAUCGUCCCUUGAUUUCUCCCCAAAGAGCCUGGAGAAUCACUGCCGUCCGAUUGAGCUAGUGAUCACGCAGACCGAGGUCAAGGGGACCCUCAUCGAGAGGCUGGAACAAGUAGAGAGUCGCGUGUUAAAGCUGUGUUUGCAGCUAGAGAAGGAACUGGAGGCGGAGAAAAAGAUAGAAGAAAAGAGGCCCCACAAGAAGGGACUGAAGCAACUGGUGAAGCAAUAUGUCAAAAGAAAUGGAAAACACAAGAGGGGGGGCUGACUGACUGACCCAGCUUUGGAAAUUCUUAAGUGGUUUGUGGGCUUUUCGGUCUUUUUGUUAUUUUUCUUUUAUUUGUGAAAAAAGUUUAGAGACGAGGGUUUUUUGGUACUUUCAACUCCAGUUAAAGUUUGUACAGACCAGCCUUUUAUUUGAGUUGGACUUCUGAAUUCUGCUUGGGGCCUUGGAUCUUCUCGAAAGUUUGGGCCCACUUGAUUUUAGGCCUAUGAAGAGACAUUUCAUAUAUAUUGGGCUGAUGGGCCUCAAUAAAUGAGUAUUCGGCACCAUCCUAUCUU